UCUUACCACUGUGCCCUUCCAUGGGCCACAGCUGCCCUCCUGGAGGUGUUCUACAGGUGAAGAGCCCAGCAUCCUGGCAAGAUUUAAGUUUACCCAAAAAUGGAAGACUUUUUCUUCGAUUACAACUUUACUGGUGAUUUUGGUCAUUACAGCACUGAUCUGUCCCACAUUCCAUCAGACUCUGCUCCAUGCAAUGAAGAGCCCCUCGGUAUCAAUAGUUAUGUUGUAGUCAUAAUCUAUGCCCUGGUGUCUGUGCUGAGUCUUCUGGGAAACUCCCUGGUGAUGCUGGUGGUCUUGUACAACAGGAGCACCUCCUCUGUCACUGAUGUCUACCUGCUGAACCUGGCCAUCGCUGACCUGCUCUUUGCCCUGACUUUGCCCUUCUGGGCUGCCUCCAAGAUACACAGCUGGACUUUUGGCAUAUUCAUGUGCAAGACAAUCUCAUUCCUGAAGGAAGUCAACUUCUACAGCAGUAUCCUGCUCCUGGCCUGUAUCAGCGUAGACCGCUACCUGGCCAUUGUCCACGCCACACGCACUCUAAUCCAGAAGCGGCACCUGGUCAAGUUUGUGUGCCUGGCAGUGUGGGGACUGUCUCUGAUUCUGUCCCUGCCCAUGUUACUUUUCCGCAGUGUUGUCUAUCUGCAUGACUUCACCCCAGUCUGCUAUGAAGACAUGGGCAGCAACACAACCAAAUUGCGCCUGGUGCUCCGGCCCCUGCCCCAGAUCUGCGGCUUCAUCCUGCCGCUGCUGAUCAUGCUGUUCUGCUAUGGCUUCACACUGCGCACGCUGUUUAAGGCCCACAUGGGACAGAAGCACCGGGCCAUGAGGGUCAUCUUCGCUGUUGUGCUUGUCUUCCUACUCUGCUGGCUUCCCUACAACCUGGUCCUGCUCUCAGACACCCUUAUGAGGAACCAAUGGAUCGAGGAGACGUGUGAGCGCCGCAGUCACAUCAACUCAGCUCUGGAGGCCACCGAGAUCAUGGGCUUCCUUCACAGCUGCCUCAACCCUCUCAUCUAUGCCUUCAUUGGCCAAAAGUUUCGCCAUGGGCUCCUCAAAAUCAUAGUCACUUAUGGCCUGGUCAGCAAAGAGUACUUGCCCAAGGAGGCCCGGCCUUCCUUUGUUGGCUCUUCAUCAGGGAACACAUCCACCACCCUCUGAGAUGGUUUGCCCAGGUUGCAGUGCCUCAGGGCCCCUCUUUCCUGUAGCAUCUUAUUCCAAGCCUCAUGUCCACUGGCUGUUUAUGAUGUGCAUGGUGAUGCAGCCUCUCCGUUGUGGUUACAGGAAGAAGCAGAAGGCUCAUCUUCACCAAACUUACUACACGGCACUCCACCCCUGUCGGUGGUCACUACACCAGUUCAUAGAGCUGGGCCUCCUAUUGCUAAGCCCAACACAGUCUAUUUUCUAAGACGUGCAAAUAAAAAACACAGUGAGAUGUCAUGUCAUACCCACCAGAAAAAGCUAUUAUCAGAAAGAAGAAAAUUAAAGAGAAAAUAGCAAUUGUUAGCAAGGAUGUGGAAAAACUGGUGGGUUUCUCCCACAGAGCUGGAGGAAGUAGAUAGAUGGUAGAGCCGCCAUGAGACAUAACAAGGCAGUUUUCCUCAAAAUGGCAAGCACAGAAUGACCACCUGAUGCCACCAUUGCACUUCUAGAGGACUUGGGCAAAUAUUGUUGCACCACAGCAUCACUUACAACAAUAAAGGUGGAAAUAAUCUGAAAGUUCAUUGAUGAAUAAAUGGAUAAAUGAAAUGUGAUGUACACCCACAAUGGAAUAUUAUUUGGUCAUAAGAAGAAAAGAUUGGUACAUUAUGGAUGAACCUUGAAGACAUUUUCCUAAGUGAAAUAAGCUGGCUGCAGAAGGACAACCCUGUGUGAUCCCACUUACACAGAGUGCCUCAAGUAGUCAAAUUCCCAGACACAAAAGAGAACAAUGGUUAUCUGAAGCUGGGGGAGGGGAGGAUGGAGAGCCACUGCUUAACGCAUGCAGAAUUUCAGUUCAGAGUAAUGGAAAAGUUCUGAAAGUAGACAGUGUGGGAGUUGUACAAUAAUGUGAGAGUGGUAGAUGCCCCUAAAUUGUACACUUAAAAGGUAAAAAGGGGACUGGGGCUAUAGCUCAGUGGUAGAGAAGCAUUUGUGAGGCCCCGGAUUCUAUCCCCAGCACCUCAAAAAAAAGAA